CUAAGAGCGAAGGAAAAAAAUGGGAAGAGUGGUGUGGAGAAGUUGGUGAUUGUGAGAAGGUAUUGAUUAGGAGUAGGUUGAAAUUUGAAAAUUUGGUAUAUUUUUUAUUUUUUUAUGUAUGGUAUUGGCAUAAUGGGUUGUUUCGUUGUCAUAGGCAUAUGCUCCUGUGCUUGCAAAGAGACAUUGGUUUCUGGCAAUUUUGAAGUUUGAAAAGAAUCUUGUUGAAUUGUAUGAUAACCUCAAAAUUCCUUCGACACCAUUUGGUCUUGCUAUAAUUGAGAAUAUGGUAGGUGUUUACUAGUGUUUUAUUUGUGGUUUUUUAGCAUGAAUUUGAUGAGGGAGAUUGAUUUUGAAGGUAGAAAUUUGUUUGGAAUAAUUUCUUUUGUUUUGGUUGGAGUCAAUGGACAAUGCAUUUAGUAAGACGUUGAAGGAGGUGCGAGGGAGUGAUUUCUGUUUCCGGGGUUUUCAUAUUGAGCAACCUGUAUCUCACAGCAAAGAGUGCGUACAGUACGACUGCGGUGUGUAUGUGAUGAAGAUGCUUCUGCAAGAAUAUGUGCCUGAAGUUCUAAGUCGACGGACAGAUGAUAAAAUAGAUGAUUUGGAACUUGGGAAAUGUGUAAGGAGUGGACCAACUAAUGUGGCGACCGAGUGGGAUAGGCAACUUAUUGCAGGUAGAAUAUUGACUUCCGGCAUUAAUAGAGUAAGAGAUAAUCUAAUUGAAAAGGCAUCCAAAUGGUAGUGAAAG